AUGCGCUUCUCCCAGUGGCUGCUACCCUUGAUGCUGCUUACCUACUCCUGCUCCGUGCUCGCCGAGGAGAGUCACUCCACCUCGGUGGCGGGAAUGGUGAAGCUGCUCGAGGUGGAGGCCCAAUUAAUUGACAAUCUCCUGGAAUAUGCCGACGAAAUGGAGAGCAAACUAAAGAUAGUGCGCAGGAGCAUAGCCAGCAUGUUGCAGGAGAAUUUCAAGGCCCGCAGCUCCACGGAGGAGUAUCUUUCCAAUCCCCUGAACUCAUUUUCCCUUAUACGACGAAUGAAUAGUGACUGGACCGUGUGGCAGCUAUAUAUGGAGGAUCCAGUGGGUCUCAAGCAGGUGGACAAGAUUCAAGAGCUAAGGGAACACAUGCCCACCAGCACUGAUGUGGAGGAGGCUGUGACCGCCUUGGAUCGCAUUCAGAGCACUUACGGCUUGAAGAUAGCUGACAUAGCCAAUGGAAACCUAAAUGGAAAACAAUACAAUGUAAGCCUAACCAUGCUGGACACCUAUGCCUUGGGACAGAUCCUUUUUGAUCAAGGCAAGUAUGUAGAAGCUGCUGGCUGGCUCUACCAAGCCAUCAUCACCAUGGAGAAGUAUACCCUAGCUGCUCCCAUGGAGCUAUCCAAGACCGAAGUGCGAAGUGUCUAUGCCGAGACACUGUUGAAACUGAAACAGAACGCGGAUGCUCUUAAAGUUAUAAACAUUGCACUGGCUGAUAAGCCGCAUGAUAUUAAACUAUUGCUGAAGAAAUCGGAAAUAGAAACGCUGAUAAGGACGGGAGCCAAUGUAGCGCCGGAGAAACCAACGACAGUAAGAACCGGCACACCAAAUACCUACCAAAUAGGCUGCCGAGGACAGUUUAAACAAUCCGCAGAUGCCCGACUUCACUGUCUCUACAACACCACCACCUCACCCUUUCUCAUCCUGGCUCCCCUCAAAAUGGAACUGGUGGGUCUGGAUCCCUACAUGGUGCUCUACCACGAUGUGCUCUCCGCCAAGGAGAUCGAAGAGAUGCAGGACAUGGCCACUCCGGGACUAAAGAGGGCUACCGUCUUCCAAGCAGCUUCCGGGCGCAAUGAGGUUGUGAGGACCAGGACUUCCAAGGUGGCCUGGUUCCCAGACUCUUUUAGUCCUCUAACCCUUCGGUUGAAUGCUCGUAUAACCGAUAUGACUGGGUUCCAGCUCUAUGGCUCCGAAAUGCUGCAGCUGAUGAACUAUGGACUGGGUGGGCAUUAUGCCAAUCACUACGACUUCUUCAAUCAAACUGCAGCCGCAAAUAAAACUGCUAUUAGUGGCGAUCGCAUUGCCACGGUGCUCUUCUAUCUAACAGAUGUGGAGCAGGGCGGUGCCACUGUCUUUCCAAACAUACAAAAGGCCGUCUUUCCCCAACGCGGAUCUGCCAUAAUUUGGUACAAUCUCAAGGACGAUGGUGAGCCCAAUAUCAAAACCCUCCAUGCCGCCUGCCCCGUUAUAGUGGGUUCCAAAUGGGUUUGCAAUAAAUGGAUCCGUGAGCGAGAACAGCUCUUCAGACGACCUUGCCUCAAAAGAAAGUAAAUGUGAUUCUCAAUUAAAAAAGGUUUUUUCCAAGUGAUACUUAACGCCCACAA